ACAACCUUCAUCCACAGGGAAUCCUAUGAGUAUUUAUGUUAUGCCAUGUAGGAACAAAGGAAAUAUCAAUUAUAACAUUAUUACCAGGAUAAAAGAUGAUUGAAUAAUGAGCCAGGCAGGUUUGUUUUUACAAGAUAAUAGCAUUGACAGCUGAAGUCUUGGAAUCUUAACAAGAGCCUUUUUUUCAAGGCACACAGUUAGAGACAAACAUAUUCUCAGAAAAUAGGGCACUUCUGUGAUGGAUAGAAAUAUUACCAGAAAUUUUGUCACCCCAUCUUAAUUAGGGUUUCUAUUGCUGUGAUGAAACACCAUGACCAAAAAGCAAGUUGGGGUGGAAAGGGUUUAUUUGACUUACAUUCCACUGAAGGAAAUCAGGACAGGAACUCAAACAGGGCAGGAACCUGGAGACAAGACCUGAUGUAAAAGCCAUGGAGGGGUGCUACUUACUGGCUUGCACCAGAUGGCUUGUUUAUCCUGCUUUCUGAUAGAACACAGGACCACCAACCUGGGGAUGGCACCACCCACAAUGGGCUAGGUUCUCCCCCGUUGAUCACUAAUUAAGAAAAUGCCUUACAACUGGAUCUCAUGGAGGCAUUUCCUCAACUGAGGUUCCUUCUUCUCAGUGACUCUAGCUUGUACCAAGUUGGUACACAAAACCAGCUAGUACAACCCCCCAAUCAAGAGCAGACUCUUGAGGGACUUCUAUUUCAACCCCUGAUCGACUUAUUUAUUAAUAAUUUAUUUAUUAAUAAUUUAUUAUUAAUCUUGAUUCAAUCUUUAGAAUGGUACUUAUCUGUGACUGGGAAAACUAGAAUGACAUCUUUCUCAAGCUCCUUUUUGUAGAUUAUAAAGAUUAAUUUUAUAUACUUCUUUAUUUUUGUGAUGAUGGGGAUCAAACCCAAGGUCCAGCUCAUGCUUAGUAGGCAGUCUACUACUGAACUACAUCGCUAGAACACAAGAGUGCUUUUUUAAAAGCGGGUUCUAGAAUUUUAUUCAUUAAGGCUUGUUUUAAAAAAAAAACUAGAAAAUAAAGAGUAGAUCUGUGGAGCUCAGAUUUUUCCUUGGGGGAAAAUGGGCUGAAGAUGAAUCGACGUUAACAGUAAAACAAGGCACCUGUAAAAAUUUUUCUCUAGAUAUGACUCACCAAGAAAACUAAAGUGAGAUCAAGGACCAAAAUAGUGUUUCUCAAAGUUCUUCAAACCAGCAUCAGUGUCUCCUGAGAGCUUCUCAGAAAUGCAUUAGUGGAGCCCCAUGCCACACCUGCUGAGUGAAAAAUAGGUGGGACCCAGCAAUCUGCAGUUGGGUCAAGAAGCCCUGUGGGUGAUUCUGGUAUGUCCUAAGACUAGAAAGCGAUGCCAUCCAAGAAGGGUCACAGGAAAAGACUUGUGAAAGGUAUUUAUUGCUACUCUCCACUUGUAGAGUUUGAGUUCUUCAGAGGCAGUAAUUUUUAUCUGUCCUAUUCUCUAUUCCAUCUAAUGCUGAGAACCAUUCUGACCCUCAAUAAAUGUUAAACAAUUUAAUAAAUGCAGCCAGGAACUAUUCUAAGUAUUUUAAUUCUCAGGCAGUGACAGAUCUAUGUCAGGUGCUGUAAAUGUGCUUUAUUUUUUCAGUACUGUGGAUCAAACCCAUUUGCUGGGCAAAUGGCAUACUACUGAGCUAAACUCCCAACCAUCCCUUUGCUUGCUUGUUUGUUUUGGUUUUGGUUUUUUGAGACGAGGUUUCCCUGAGCAACAGUCCUAGCUGUCCUAGAACUCACUCUGUAGACCAGACUAGCCUCGAACUCACAGAGAUCCACCUGCCUCCUGAGUGCUGGGUUUAAAGGCGCACACCACCACCACCCAGCUUGCUUGUUUGUUUUUUAAACUGGAUCUCAUGUACCUAUCUUAAAACUUGCUGUGUAUCCAAGGAUAGUCUUGAACUUCUGAUCUUCUUGCCUCUACCUCCCAAUUGCUAAGACUACAGGUAUCAUUGUGCUCAAUUUAUAUGAUUCUAAGUAACAAAUUGAGGGCUUUAUCAAUGCUAAUUAGCACUCUACCAACUGAGCUACAUCUCUAGCCACCCCAGUCUUUAAACAUUUUGCUGCAUCUAUUUAUUGGGAGGACAUGGCACACAGGUGCCACAAUGCACAUAUGGAGGUCAGAGGACAAUUUAAGGGAGUCAGUUAUCUCUUUCUAUCAUGCAAGUUCUAGGAAUUAAACUCAGGGUAUCAGGUUUUGCAGCAAGCACCGUCACACACUGAGCAAUCUCACCUCUACCCUGCCCUUUAAGUUUUAUAUUUGGAGACAGAAUCUCACUGAAUUAGUCAGGGUAGCCUUGCACCCACACUGUAGCCUAGGCAAGCCUUGAACUUUCAUUCUGCUUGUUUCAACCUCCAAAGCAGCUAAGAUUACAGGCCUGAACCUCCCAAGGCCCUGUUUGUGUGCACAUUUUACAGAAAAGGAAACGGGCUUAGAGGCAAAUGUUAUCUACCCUAGGUACUCAGAACACGGCCCAGAUGGUUCUCUCUUCUCUACUCCUGUAGACCCUAAGGAUUACUUCAGAUGCUCCCCUUGGGCAAUGGGUAUGCCUAAAGCACCCCCUACCCCCGCCCACUUCUGAAUCACUUCCCACACAAUGCCACUUCCCUUUCUCACUUCCCUUGCAUUGACCUCCCAUACAUACAUGUUGACCACAGGAACCUCACUUUUAAGAAAGAGGUGGGUUUUCAAGAAGGAAGAUGAAGCAGUUGUUCUGAUGCCUUCUCCUGGACAGACUACUUGAGGAGGGCUACCCUCAUUUCACCCUUCUUCAGUACCCCAUUGAAGUUGAUCUUGUCACGAUAGUCAAGAUUGUGUAUUUUACAGCUAAGAAAAUGAGCCAGCCAUGGUGUGACAUCCCUGUUCAAGGCAAGCCUGGUCUACAAAGCAAGUUUCAGGCCUGGUAUGACAACAUUAUAAAACCUUGUCUCAAAAAAAUAGGAAAAACUAAAGCUGAGAAUUUAAAGUGACUUGUCCAAGGUCACAUACCUAGGUGGUUCUUGCUUCAGACUUGCAGGCUCCAAUGCCCUUCUGUGAGAAGUUAUCUCAUAUGCAUUAAUUGAAAACUAAGAGGUUCCUGGGUAGAAUGGGGUGGCAAAGAUUGGGUGUCAGAACAGGACCAAGGGUAACACAGGAAAUGGAGAGGGGAGAGAAGAGGAGGAGGCAGAGUUCUUAAGGGAAAGGUCAGAGCUAAAAAGGUCACACCCUCCCAGUUCCUCCUACCCUGGGUUCCUCUUUCCUAAUCAGAUCAGCCCAGAUUAAGCAAGGCCUCUUCUCUAUAAAAGUACAAAGACAUACUGCUCAAAAUGCUUGCUACAAUGCAAGCCCUUCAGUCACUCUUGCUGCUACUGCUUAUCCUGCCAGCCACAGGUUCAGACCCUGUGCUCUGCUUCACCAAGUAUGAGGAGUCCUCUGGCAAGUGCACAGGCCUGCUUGGUGGAGAUGUCAGUGUGGAAAACUGCUGUCUCAAUGCUGCCUAUGCCUUCCAGGAGCAUGGUGGUGGUCCCUGUCAGGCAUGCAGGUCCCCACGAUGGUCACCAUGGUCCUCAUGGGCCCCCUGCUCGGUUACAUGCUCUGAGGGGUCCCAACUGCGACACAGGCGCUGUGUGGGCAGGGGUGGGCAGUGCUUUGAGAAGGUGGCUCCUAGGACCCUUGAGUGGCAGCUACAGGCCUGUGAGGACCAGCCAUGCUGUCCAGAAAUGGGUGGUUGGUCUGAGUGGGCACCCUGGGGGCCUUGCUCUGUCACCUGCUCCAAAGGAAUCCAGACCCGUCAACGAGUAUGUGAUCACCCUGCUCCUAAGUGUGGGGGCCACUGUCCAGGAGAGGCCCAGCAAUCACAGGCCUGUGACACUCAGAAGGUCUGCCCCACACAUGGUGCUUGGGCAGCCUGGGGCCCCUGGGGCCCAUGCUCAGGAUCCUGCCUGGGUGGAGCUCAAGAACCUAAGGAAACACGAAGCCGCAUGUGUUCUGCACCAGCACCUUCCCACCAGCCCCCUGGGAAACCCUGCUCAGGACCAGCCAAUGAGCAUCGGGGCUGCACUGGCCUGCCACCCUGUCCAGUGGCUGGUGGCUGGGGGCCAUGGGGCCCUGUGAGCCCAUGCUCUGUGACCUGUGGCCUAGGCCAGACCCUAGAACGACGGACAUGUGAUCAUCCUGUACCCCGUCAUGGGGGCCUCUUCUGUGCUGGUGAUGCUACUCGGACCCACAUCUGUAACACAGCUAUGCAUUGCCCUGUAAAUGGGGAGUGGGAAACCUGGGGGAAAUGGAGUCGCUGCAGCCGUGUGAACAUGAAGUCCAUCAGCUGUGAAGAAAUCCCAGGCCAGCAGUCACGCACAAGGACCUGUGGAGGCCGCAAGUUUGAUGGAAAGAGAUGUUAUGGGAACUACCAAGAUAUUCGGCACUGCUAUGACAUCCAUAAUUGUGUCUUGAAAGGUUCAUGGUCACAGUGGAGUACCUGGAGUCUGUGCACACCACCAUGUGGACCCAACCCCACCCGUGUCCGCCAGCGUCUCUGCACACCUUUGCUCCCCAAGUUCUCGCCUACAGUUUCCAUGGUCGAAGGUCAGGGUGAGAAGAAUGUUACCUUCUCAGGAACUCCACGGCCACUGUGUGAAGAGCUACAGGGGCAGAAGCUGAUGGUGGAAGAGAAACGCCCAUGUCUGCAUGUGCCUGCCUGCAAAGACCCAGAGGAGGAGAAACGCUAAAGUCUCUUGCUUCCAUUCUAACCCCCUGAUCUUCCAGACUUCAAUAAACAGCCUUUCUAAACUC